UUCACAAAUGGAUUUUACUUGAAUUUACUCUGCAACAAAAACAAUGAACUGUAUAUAGCCUGUUGGCUGUUAGCUUUUAAAUUUCUCUAUGUUGCGAUUUCAUUCAGUAAAAUUUUACUCUGAAUAUUUUAUAUAGGGGACUGCAAACAAAAAAUUUGAGGGAAAGAAACAGAUAAACAACAUCUUGAUCAUGAGAAUUAUUUGCCACAAACUAUAAGUGUACUGUAUGCAGGGUUAUUUUAGCUGUUCUUCACUUGCAAACGGUUUCACCCCAUCUUGAAUUAGCCCAAAACAAGAUAUGAAUUUUUCGACGAAGGAUGUUUAAACCUCUAAGUGGAUCUGAGGGAAAGAAGUGGUUGGAGGAGAAGUAUGCUGAGUUAGACUGUGACAUUGAUGGUGAUUGUAAGGGGGUGCAAUCAAAAGAUGAUAAAACUAAUGCUGAUACAGAGAAGACAUGGUCUAAAUGCAGUAGCAGAGAUAAAUCUUCUAAUGCUGACCAACAAUGGAGGGAGAGAAAACAUACCAGCAUAAAAUUUAGUUCUCCAAGAAAGAGAAACAGACAGAGAGAACUUUCACCAGAUGUUGAAAUUAUUGAAGAAGACAAAGAUAAUGUUGGCAAUGAGAGUAUGUUUAAACCAUUCAGUGGCUCGGAGGAAGCAAAACGACUAGAAGUCAAGUACAGUGAGGUUUUUGAAGAGAAUGAUGACUAUAGUAUAACAAGCGAUGAUUUACCUGAAAUCUACACCCCUAAGAAACCCAGACUGACCUUUCUAUCAACAAAGAAAUCACCAGAGCAAUCCAAGAAAGCUUCCAGAGGCAAAUCUAAGAAGUUUGAUGCUCCACAGCCUCCCCCCAAAAAGAAGCAGAAUUAUGGUGGUCAUGACUUCAGCUCUGAUUCUGAGAGUGAUAGAGAUGAAAGAUUUACAAACAUAAAACACACUGAAAACAAUACCAAUAAAGAUAGGAGAGCUGAAGGUCUCACUGCUGGAAUAAAUUGUCCCAUUACUGAUAAGGAGGCCAGUCCUCUCACUGAAGGUUACAAUGAAGAAGAUUUUGAGAAACCAAAAUUUAAAGGCAGAACCCCCUCAGCAGCAAAAGUUCCAUUCAAGUUGUCUUCCUCGGCUAAUGAUAGACAAGUUGAGGUACCUGCCCCCCUAAACCAGUACCUGAGGGACUACCAGAGAGAGGGAAUCCAGUUCCUGUACGACCAUUACAGGGAGGGCGAGGGGGCGGUGCUCGGGGAUGACAUGGGACUGGGGAAAACAGUACAGGUUAUUGGAUUGCUGGCAGCUCUACUUGGGAAAAAGUGCAAUAAGACAGAUAUAAAGAAACAAAAGCCAAAGUUCAUCAGAGAGAUGUCAGAUGGAAGUCUAGAGGAGAAGAUCCCAGAAGACACAUACAAGUGUCGACCAUUUCUGAUCAUUGGUCCAGGAAGUGUUCUCUAUAACUGGAUGGAUGAACUGGAGGCCUGGGGCUACUUCUCUGUGGGGAAAUAUCACGGCAGCGAGAAGGCAGAGUGUUUGUCCAAAUUAUCAAAGCAAAGCUUGGAAGUUGUUGUCACUACAUUUGAAACGUUCAGAGAAAACACGGAUGAGUUGAAUUCAGUAAAAUGGGAGGCUGUUAUAGCUGAUGAAGUACACAGAAUCAAAGGCCUACAAGCUCAAGUAACACAGGCUCUUAGAACAAUAAGAACUCGCCGUCGCUAUGGACUGACAGGAACAGCCCUACAGAACAACAUGACAGAACUCUGGAGCAUACUGGACUGGGUUCAGCCAGGCUGUCUAGGCAACAUUGAUACUUUUACUGCUGAGUAUGUGGUUCCCAUAGAAACUGGUCAAAAACAGGAUGCCUCAAAGAGAGAACUAGCAACAGCAAGAAAAGCUAAAGAGAAGUUUGCCUCAAUCAGAAACAAGAUCAUGAUUAGGAGAACCAAACAACUCAUUGCUGACCAACUGCCCAAGAAAGAUGACAAUGUGGUGUUCUGUCGACUAAGUGACUUGCAAGAACAGGUGUACCGGUUCAUUCUUAAACACCCAGGUCUGGUUCAUGUGAUGUCCAUGGAUGACCCUUGUCAUUGUGGUAGUGGGGAACCCAGGAAAUACUGCUGUAAGCAAGUGACGAAGGAGGUGACAGUGACAGGGUUACAGUUUAUCUUUAUGCACCUCCUGCUGAAAGUCUCCAACCACGCUGCCCUGCUGAUAGAGAGCCCUCACCGACAGCUGUCCAAGUUCUCCAAGAUGAUCUGUAAGGCCGUGUUUGCCAAGUUCCCUCAGUUCUUCAGCGAUACCAAGGAAUCGGCCUUCAGGACUUUGUCUGAUCCCAAAUACUGUGGCAAAAUGAAGAUUCUGCAGAAAUUACUGAAAGUCUUCCAGAAGGAUCACAGCAAGGUUCUGAUCUUCUCCUACAGCACCAGGGUACUGGACAUCAUUGACCAGUAUUUGAUCACUACUGGAUACGAGUAUAGACGUCUAGAUGGCAGCACCAGUAUGGCCAAACGUAUGGUGCUGGUCCGAGAAUUUAAUAGAGAUCCCAAUAUCUUCUUGUUCCUUAUCUCAGCAAAAGCUGGGGGAUUAGGCUUGAAUCUGACAGGCGCAAACCGAGUUAUUAUAUUUGACCCCAGUUGGAAUCCCACUAAUGACCUUCAAGCCCAGGACAGGGCCUACAGGAUUGGGCAGUGGCGAGACGUCCAUGUGUACAGGCUGAUAUCGGCAGGUACUAUCGAGGAAAACAUAUACCUGCGACAGGUGUAUAAACAGCAAUUGGACAGUGUUGUGGUUGGAACAGAGAAUGCUAGGAGAUACUUUAAGGGUGUUGCUGGGAACAGGAAGCAAUAUGGAGAGCUGUUUGGGUUAAAGAACAUGUUCCAACUCCACGCGGGAGAUAGCACUAGAACCAUGGACAUACUGAAGAAAAAUGAGAAUUUGGAGCAGAGCUUGACAGAGUUCAGGAUUGCCGAAUAUGUGCCUGGUCGAGGUCGCAUAGUCAGCGUGGAAGACAGCCAUCUGGGAGACAAGAGUGAAGAUUCUCAGUCAGAGGAGGAAGAGGAAGAAGACUACCUGUCUAGAUAUCUGGAUUUACAUCAUAGUGAUAGUGAGGCAGAGGAGGUCAACAGUAAAAUGAUGGAGGGUCAUGUUUCCAAAAAAAGAGCAAGUAAGGGAGAGAACUCUCCCAUUGCACAAGGAACUCUAGCAGGAGAUGAAGAUGUUCUCCAUGUGUUAAAAAAUCGACAAAUUGUGGGAGGGAGUCGGGCAGAGGACCACAUGUCACGCUGCGCCAUACAGGAUGUGUUCGAGCUCCACCAGAACUCCCAGGCACCAGCUGCAUUUUGUCAGCCUCUGUCUGAGCCUGAAAGUGAAGAAGAGAUUAAAGAAAUUAAGAAACCUAAAUCCUAUUCAACCACGAUUGGAAGGAACUAUGUUCUUGUAGGUCAAACUCCACCAGCUAUUAGAAUAAAACAAUUUGCGGAAAUGGUAAAAUUUAAUAAGAAGCAAACAAUGGAGAAGUUUGCUGAAGAGAUUUUGAGAUCUUCCCCUGAUGAAAGGAGAGUCUUGUUGAAAUCCUAUUACAUGCAGGUACAUCCUGAUGUUUCUCCAGUCUUCCAGGAAGCAUCGGUUACCACAACGCCAAAAAGUAUCGCAAAGAAAGGUAAUAGUUCUACAGCUGAGAGGCAGAAAAGAAAAAAGAAAGCCCAAAUUCUUGGUGAUGCAAUCAAAGUAUCCCCCAAACAAACAGCAACCAGUGUAUUAGAGAAAGAGAAAUGUGAUAGGAGAGACGUGAAGAGAUCACAGCCAGCCACAGAAGUUAAGAAAAAUAAAACCCCAUUAUUUGUUCCAAGUUAUGUUAAUGAAGAAACUUUAAUGGAAACAUCCCCUGACUCGUUUGAAAUCAGUACAGAUGAUCUCCUGCAAGAAAUAUACAAUCAAAAAGAGGAAACAGCAGCCAAGGAGAAAGAAGAAAGAGAAAUGAAACAAGAGAAGGAAGGACCAAACACAUCUGUUUUGGAUGAACUCUUUUCACCAUCCUUGAUGGAAAGGAUCAAACGAAAACCCGCUCCCAAGAAAGGUGUUCACAAAAAAACGGGGUCAGAUGACCUGUUUUCGGAUUCUUCUUCAGCCAAAGAAGACAUCGAGGAGGUGAUUCGACCAGACAAUACGCUGAAGGACGAUGACUUCGACUGUUUCUCUGAUCCGUCAAGGAAAAAAAGGAAAAAGUCAAAAGCCCAAAUGAUUGUGUCUAGACUGAUAAAAGAAAGUGAGGACGCAUACAAUCAGCUGCCAGUGGUUCCCAUUGGAAGUGACCUUGAUGAGGUGGACUCUUGUGAUAGAUCACCAAGUCUCUUCUAACUGUGUGGGGGUGGGGGUGUGGUUCCCAUUGGAAGUGAACUUGUAGAGAUGGAAUCUUACAAAUGCAUGAUAAGUCCCCUAGUUUUUUCUAACAGGGCCAGACAGUAAAGUGUGUUGGGUGGGGAAGUUGGAUAAGAGAAAAUUCUGUGAUUUGCGAGAAUUUUAAUAUUUUCAACCUUACUGGCCUAAGACCAAUUCUUGCAAAGUACCUUUUUUGCUAGUGCACUGUUACAUCAUUUUAUCAAAACAUAAAAUCAUAUAUUGAAAAAAUAGCCCAAUAAUGUACUGCCAAGAAAUGGUACCUGGUCUUUUGCCAUUGUGGUUUCAAAAUUAAGUUGUUUGUUUUAUAGUGUUUUUAAUGAUUUUGUUGUUUUAAUGCUGCCAAUUUUACUUUAAUGAGUUGAUAGAGAAUGCAGAAG